AAAGAAAGAAAGAAAGAAAGAAAGAGAAGGAAGGAAGCAAGAAAGAAAGAAGAAAAGAGAGAAAGAAAAGAGAAAGAAGAUGGCAGUGGGUGUCACAUGGUUUCUGUUCCCAUUUUUCUGGAUGUUUCUUGUGUGUCAUUCGAACCCGGCAAAUACCAAUAACAGCGCUGACUCUAAUAUGACCAUCAUCCCCACUGCCACCACCAGCACCGUCCACACCGCCAACACCACUUCUUCCGUAGCCAACACUACCAUCACCAACAACAACUCUAAAAUGACCACCGCCUCUGUCCUCCCCGCCAUCAACAACAACAAUAUCCCCACCGCUUUCAACACAACUAGCACCACCAACACUACUACCACAACCACCAACCUCAACAGCACUAACAACCAUCAUACCGUUUCUGACACUACAAUCACAGAAUGGCAAUUAACCAUAACUACGGGAAAUUCUACAGAUGCUGGCACCAAUGGUACUAUUUACUUGGAGCUGAACGGUACCAAAGGUGUGUGGAACUUGGAUAUUACGGCGGGCGACGAAUUAUUCCAGAGGAACCAAGUCGACGUGUUCUCAUGGUCGAUGCCGGACAUCGGUGUCUUGAAAGAAGUGGAACUUAUCCACGUAGAAUUCGACGUACAUCUUUACCAAAGCUGGUGGCUUGAAUCGAUGAUGUUAUUGGAUAAGUCUGCUGCCGUAGAAUAUUGGUUUAAAUUUAAUGGUUACAUACCAGAGAACCAGUUCCAUUACGGAGAAGUCAUCCUUGUCCCGGAUUUCGAACUUAAAGUUAAUCUCACUGAACCCACAACCAUGGCGACGAUGAUGUCCACCACAGUAACAAAGAUGGUGAAAUUGUCCAACUUAAAUUCACUCAGCCCGUCAUCUUCCGUUCACCAAUCAGAAUAUUCUACGUUCUCCAAUGUUCACGGUUCGGUGAGUCAUUCUCUAAACGCAAGCAUUCAAAAUGUCUCUGCUACGGAUCAGCAAUCUGCCUCCGUUAGCAAGGUCAAUGAUUAUCAAACUUCUUCAAGUUAUCCGCCAAACCAUCCAAAUCAUGGUGGCAACAAUAACAUCAACACCGCCUUCACAACUGGUACUCUUUCUACGAUUUCCAACCAGAACAGCGACAGCACCAUUUACGACCAUUUAUCUUCUCUAACCUCUUCUUUGCCGUCCUCGGUUUUAGAAACUUCUCGCACUUUUGUCAGUACUAAUAUGCAAACAACUUCUUUUCCCGAUGAAUUUCUGUUGACUUCCUCGCCAUAUUUUCUUCCAUCAAAAAUAAAUUCCGGAAGUUUCCAGCUUUUAUCGACGUUCUCGAAUCAUAAAUCAAAACUGAACGCAAGUGGAACCUCUCCAACCAAUUCUUCGGCGAUGCUGUUCUCUAAUUCGAAAACUCUAAAUAUUGAAACGUCAAAAGAAAUAACGACCACAGAUUUUGAACCGAACACCAGCCAAGAACCGUCUCAAACGGAAACCCAGCAUUUUGUGAAUUUAUCCUCGUUUCCAAGUUUCUUCUCAACAUCAUCUUUCUCAUCACCCUCAUCUCAUCUUUCUUCUUUUGCUCCCGCUACAACUUAUUCCUCUUCCCGUGAUGCAUUGUCUUUGUUGCCCACCGAACAAAUGAUGUCAUGUGUUUAUUCUUCUUGCGGGCAACAUUCUGCACUUUUAAGUUCGUUUUUCAACCAGGACGGUGGUAAGCGAGACAGCAUUGACCAAUCAGUAAUCUUACCCUUGCAGGAAAGACUCAUGAAUAUUUCCAAAGAGCUGACAGUUGACAAAAAAGGUCUCAGUAAAUACAAAAGAACCAAAUCAAGUGCUGUAGAUAAUCGUUACUCUGCAACAGCCAUUGGUUACUUGGGGAUAACCGUGAUUAUAAUACCGUUAGUUCUGGUGGUGGCCAGCGAUUUAAUGAGCUACCAAAAGUUUUUCUCUUAUCGUAAAGACAAGAUUAGGCUCACGGCCCCAAAGCCACCGUCAGUCUAAG